AUAGCGAAAAAGCAACAACAUAACGUGGUAGAAAUGUGAAAUGAAUUAAAGCCCCGGUAAUACUUCAGCGAAAAUUCCCCAUAUAAUCAAAAUUAUACGUGUAAAACCAUGACGGGAUCGAGAUGCUCGUCCCGUACGAAGUGCAAGAGCAGGAAACUCGGUUCGAGUUCCUGCGCGAUCAUCAGCAAGAUCCUGCGUUGCCGCAAAAAAAUGAAGUCGAUGCGCAGACGGCGACGUAGCUCGCGCAGCCGUCGCCGCUGCGCCAAGAUGAAAAAGUGCAGGCGCGGUAAGGCGACGUCGAAUCCCUUCCUGAAUUUCCUGCGCGUGUUCAGACAAACGCACUGCGGCUGGCCGCAAACCAAGGUGGCGAUAGAGGGCGCCAAGAGAUGGUGCAUGAUGAACGUGAAGCAGCGGGAGAAGUUCUAUAGGGAGGCGUGCGAGAAAAGCUCGCAGAAACGAAAGAGGAGGAGGAGGAGGAAGCAUUCGGAAUGUGGGACAAGGAGGCACAGGCGCAGACACAGGCGCAGCAGGAGUAAAUGUGGCAGGAGCAGAAGGAGGCGACGCAAGAAGAGCGUGUGCGGGCUCUAGAAUAAUAAUUCGGUCCUUUAUACAAAUUUUUCGUUGGUCAAUGUUAUAUAACUUUACUUUCUGUUUAUAUUGUGGAAUAAAUUAAUACGUGCAAGCUUA